UUGGGUCGUGUGAAUUGGCCCGGGCAGGCGGCGGCGGUGCGAGUGUGGAGCCGUUAGCUACUCUUCCGGAAACCAGUCCAGCACUGGUCUUGGGCCCUCUCUGGCUGCGGACGGAGGAGGUGCCGUGGCGGCGCUGCCUUGCUGUCGUGCUCCCAAGCGGCGGUCCUGUGUGGCUGCAGAGCGCGCCAUUCACAGCUCGGCCGCCGAGCUCUCUCCUCCUCCCGCUGCGUGCCAGCAGUACCAGCAGCAGCAGCAGCAGCAGCAACCUUGCCUGCUCUAGGAAGCGGGCAGCCCGUGACGCUUUCCUGCUUCAUUGCCUAAUGCGAUUUCCGUUCUCCAGCAGCUCAGCGGCAAGAGACGCAGACUGAAACACCCCCACCCCUCCCCACUGAUUUUCUACAAGGCUCUAGCGCUGGGAGGGUGCACAGAUGUUCGCCAUGUGUCAGCCAGAGAUACCCAUUAACCCGCUGUUCAAUGAGGCAAAGGGGAACUCUCAACUGGACACUGCUUACCUUGGUGGAAGGGACUGUCGGCCAGAUACAAACCUCAAUUUCAUGGGCAAGGAGGCCUAUGACACCAAUGAGAACUGGAGCCAGUUCAUGCCAGGGGAAUCGGAGCAGCGAGGAGGGAACAAUGAACCCGAGGCAUCUGAUAACCAAAUAGUGCUUAUGCAGAGGCAAAUUGCAGUGAGCCAACCACAGGAUGUCCCCCAGGGCUUGAAGUCUGGUGGCAUGUCCUUUGCCUCUGAAGAAGAGGAGGAGGAGGAGGAAGAAGAAGAAGAGGAGGAAGAGGACAUCCGCAGACCUCCAGAAGGAGCAGAAGUCAAUGACCCAGAGCAUGAGAAGGUGGUGACCAAGGAGAGGAUAAAAGAAAGGAAGCUGGCCAGCUCCCCUUUAGAAGACAAUGGUUAUGCCAGCAGUUCCCUAAGCAUUGAUAGUCCUGACAGUGGGGCAGCCAGUGCUUGGGACAUGCUUGCUGUUGCCACUGAAGACUGGAAGGGUCAUGGAGAACGAUGUUCCACUGCUGAAGCUGAGCCAGAGAACUCUCCUCCUAGUUCUGAGACCCUCUUCCCAGCACUGGCUGAGGCUUUCCGCAAUCUUCAGGACAAGAAGAAGUUCAAGGAGCAGGAGAAAGAGAAGCACCAUGUCCACUUGGUGAUGUAUCGUCGCCUGGCUUUGCUCCGCUGGAUCCGCAGCCUCCAGCAGAAGGUGGUUGACCAGCAAAACCGGCUGCAGGAGAGCUUUGACACCAUCUUGGACAACCGCAAGGAACUCAUUCGAUGUGUCCAGCAAGGCAUGGGUUAUGCCAAGAACCCAGCUCAGGCAGAAUUGUAAAGCACAUGACACGCAUUCGCACUUUUCUCUUUCUGUGGGCCCUUCAGUCCUUAGCUUGGUCACACAAGCGAGGUGCCUACAGAUUUCCAUAUUUGCAUGGGUGGGAGACUUGUGCUUUUUAAAAUGUUUGAUGUUCCUCCUGUGGUAUACCAGAGCAUCAGUAGCCCACUGAGCAUGGGCAUCUUGAGCCCAGCACAUGGCCCAUAUUAUUUACAAGUAGAUGCAACUUUUCAAGCUUGUUUCACUCUUCAUUUUGGUGCAUGGCUUCUCUUGGUGAAAUGCAAACACAGUGGAUAACAAAAUGGAAUAUAUGGUCCUAUGAUAAGGUCUCAAGAACAUGAAUAAAAGCUGAGAAGGACAUAUAUGCCUUGAAGCCUGAUGUCUGGGACCAGGAGAAAGGAGCUUGAAAGGGGUCAGUUGCCAUUGGCCUUUAUGCCCUGUGUUGGAGAAAGGAACUUCAAUCUGGCUCAAACCAUGAUACAAGCAGUUUGGAGCAGAAUCCUCAUGAUCCUGAAUAUCAGGUGAUGCAAGACAGCCAAUCCUGAUGCUACUUUGCCUGCUGCAGCUUCUAGAUCUGUUGCAUUCCCUGAGUCUGAGCUACUUAUUUUUCUAAGUGAAGCCAGAAGGCUACCCCACUGUGCUUCCAGGUUGUUUUCCUGCUGCCUGCCUUCUACAUCGUCUCCUGGUCAUUUUCCUGUCAUACAAUCAUAGAAUUCUAGAGUUUCAUUUAGUCUAACCCCCCGUAAUGCAGGCAUCACAGCUAAAGAAUCACUGACAGAUGGCCAUCCAACCUCUGUUUAAAAACCUCCAGUGAAGGACAGUUCACCACAUCUGAAGCAGUCCGUUCCACUGUUGAACAGCAUUUACUGUCAGGAAGUUCUUCCUAAUGUUUCAUUGGAAUCUCCUUUCUUGUAAUUUGAACCUCUGGAGCAGCAAAAAACAAGCUUGCUCCACCUUCCUUUUGUGUUUGUCAACUGCAGAAACAGUGGUGUUGGCUCUGUUUCCCAUCCAGGUCCAAGCUAUCUGUCCUAUUCCAUUUCCUAUUCUGCUUCCAGGUACCUCCAGCAUAUUCAUGCACUGCUGAUCCUGCUAGCACUAAAAACAAGGUGCCCGGAA